CUGGGAAUGAUAAUUAUCAAUUUCUACCGACAGUUUUAUUUUAAAUAAUAGAAUAAAAAUCUAUUGUCUCUUUUCUAAUUGAAUUUUAUAUGUUAGACGAUUUACAAGAGAGUAAGUUAAUCAUAGAAAACUAUGAUUCUCCUCCCGGAGUUGAGAAGCAGAAUGUUAUCAGAUUGGAAGAUUUAGAACAUUAUGUGAAAACGAUGAACGAAUGUGGAGGUUUUCUUACUAGAUUUGAGAUGUUGAAAACUGGUCAGUUAAAACCUUGGGAAGCUGGAAAAAAAACCGAAAAUAAAUCAAAAAAUAGAUACGCUGAUCUUCUACCUUAUGAUGAAACCAGAGUCGUUCUGCAAAAACUAAAAAACGAUCCAGAUUCCGAUUAUAUUAAUGCAAGUUAUAUCGAUGGUUAUAAUCAUCCAAAAGCAUAUAUCAGUACUCAAGGCCCAUUAGACAAAACUGUCAACGACUUUUGGAGGAUGAUUUGGCAGGAGAGUAUAACCAAAAUCAUCAUGGCUGCUAACAUCAUUGAAAAUGGAAAAAAAAAAUGCGAAGUUUAUUGGCCAGAAACUGUUAAAAGAUACGGAGAUAUCACCGUUUCUCUUCAGUCAGAACAGGUCUUCAUUGAUUUUAUAAUUCGCACUUUUAAAAAAUACUGUACUGUGCCGCCAUCUAGUAUUAAGAAACAACAUUAUAAAUUUUACAGUGCCGGUGUCGGAAGAUCCGGAACUGUUAUGUUAUUAGAUGCAGCAUUAGAUAUGUUGAAGGCAGAAGGGACCGUAGAUGUUUUUAGUCUUUUAUAUAAAAUGAGGCAACAAAGAAUUAAUUUAGUAGAAACUCUUGAUCAAUAUACGUUCGUAUAUACAGCGCUUAUCGAUUAUCAUUUCGGUGAUAUCACAUUGAAUUCUUCUGAGAACUUCGUUCUUUAUUAUAAUAAAUUAAGAAUGAUAGACAAUGAGAAAAAGAAAAACGGUCUACAACUUCAAUUUGAGGAACUAGAAAAGCUGACUACUCCCUUUACAGAAGACAAAUGUUUAACUGCAUUGAAAGGGGAUAAUAAAUCAAAAAAUCGUUCCUUAGAUAUUUUACCUUCCGAAGGUGGAAGAGUAAUAUUAAAAGCUGGAAAUUCUAUAAUGUAUGUGAAUGCAGUUUACUGUAAUGGGUACGGUCGUACUGAAUCGUAUAUUGUUACACAAUAUCCUUUACCAGAAACUCUUAACGAUUUCUGGCAGCUUGUUUAUGAUGUCGGCUCUACAGUUAUGGUGGUCUUAAACGAUUUUAAUUCGAAAGAAGAGACGGCUCCUGUACCUUGGCCAGAAUCGGGAACGGUAUAUCGAGGUAAUUAUAGGAUUGAUCACAUAAUGAGUAAAUCCAACCGUGCUGGAAUAAUUCGACAUUUAAAAUUACGAAAUAUGGAUCAGGGACACAAAACAAGAAAGAUUCGUCAAUUUCAACUUAAAGAUUGCAAAAUUAACGAAAUGACACAUCCUGCAGUAAAUAAUGUAGUUUAUAUGUUGAACAAGAUUGGAAGAUGGCAAAAUAAAUCAAAACACAAACCAGUCAUUGUUAUGUGUUACAAUGGUUCUAGCAUGUCAGGAUUUUUCUGUGCCUCGGCUUAUAUGAGGGAUCAAUUUAGAAGUCAAGGAUCUAUGGACGUUUUCGAAGCUGUUAGAACUGUUAGAAUUAAUCGUCCGACUUUUGUACCAGUUUUAAAUCAGUACAGAUGGCUUUAUGAAGUUGGAUGCGCUUUGAUAUCAUAUAANAAAAAAAAAAAAAAAAAAAAUGUGAUGAAUGGACCUUUCAAAUUCGACAUUUACCACCGACGGUUUUAUAUAUUGUGA